AUGGCCAGCACAAACUACAAGGAGGCUUUCGCCUUAUUUGACAAACGUGGAAACCAGCGCGUACAGGUGGAAAGCUUAGGAGAUUUAUUAAGAGCUUGUGGCCAAAAUCCUACCCUGGCAGAGAUAAGGGAUUUAGAAAAGAAUGUUGGUUCAGACUUUGACUUCGAAACUUUUUCAAAGGUACUCAAUAGACCGGGCGGCUUCCGCGAGCCAGGUGAGCCAGAAGAAUAUUGCCGUGGUUUUCAAGUCUUCGACAAGGAGAUGACAGGCUUUAUUGGUGUUGGACAACUACGCUACAUUCUGACAAAUCUGGGAGAGAAAAUGAGUGACGAGGAAGUCGAUGAGUUGUUGAAAGCAGUGAACGUUUCAAGUGGAGAGAUCAAUUACACUGACCUAGUGCGCACAAUCCUCGCGAAUUAG